CAUCUUUCAGUAUCUCAGUCAAUCUCUACUACAUCUUUCAGCGAUUUGCGGUUCUAUAUCAUCCAUCUAUCUUUGUAAUAUUGUUGUUGCAAAUUUUGUAUAUUUGUUUUAAGUCAUGUCUUCCAACCAACACACUGUUCAGUCCUAUACCAAACUUACCGCCAAGGAGUAUCAGUCAUAUGCUAAUACCCGUCGACAAAUCUAUGGCCAGAAUGUGAAUACCCGAACGCAUCCCACUCCCCAAGCGGAGCGCGAUUACAAUGCGUAUAGCCAAUGGCGCGAGCAGUCCAACGCCUCGCGAGAUCACUACGAAAAGAGCUUGAAGGAAGCAGUUGGCCCAAACGGCGAUUUUUCAGAUGUUGCAGCAGAGGCAGCAUCAGCACUUGGUCUUGCCAGCUGCUCAGGCGGCGACUGACACAAACCUGCAUGCCAGUACCAGCAAUGACUUCUUGGAUAAGCAUCCAUUUGCAUACAAGAAUGCGAGGGCAAGAAAACAUCACGAAAAGCUGGCAGACAGUUCUGUGAAAGAGGCAAAGCAUUACCGCCAAGCCUAUGAUACACAUUACGAAAAGGCCGGUGCGCCAACUCCGCCUAUAAGACAAGCCCCAUAUGGUACACAUGGCUCUUCUACUGCUGCUACUCCAGGCGUCCCUCGCCAGCAACCAUCGCUAUCUGUCCCUCCUCCUCCUCCUCGACGUGCCGAAAACCCGAGGAUCCCUAGUCCAAGUGAGGCCUAUGGUCAAACCCCUUACAGGACUCAACCUCCAAGUACUACCUCCACGUCAGCUGCCUACCGUCAGCCAUCAUCUGUGUCUGCCCCACCUCCUCAGCGCUCCCAGGAUAUCAGUGUCCCCGCUGCAAGCCAGGCCUACGGGCGCUCUGCUAGUGUUGCUACGCAGGCUGAUUAUAGUCAGUCGCCAUCAGUAUCUGUUGUUCCUCCUCGACCUGCCCAGGACCCUAGAAUCCCUAGCCCAAGUGAGGCAUACGGGCAAGCCUAUUACAGUACCCAAAGCUCUACCAGGACCGCUGUACCGGCUCCGUAUGUUCAGCAGCCAUCGGGAUCUGUUCUUCCUCCUCCUCCUCGUCGACCAUAUGACCCAAGAAUUCCCAGCCCAGAACAAGCCUACGGGAACAUUGGCUCUUCUCGAAGAAUGGAUCGCCGACAGUAAGUCCGCAAGAUUGUUUGCAUAGAUCGAGUUUUGGAGUAUUUUGUGUCUUGAGCCCAUGUUGGAGGGAAAUUUAAGCCUAUGAAAUCUUUGUUGUAUAUGGGUUCGCUACUGUUUGUUGGUCAGCGUGUAUAGUCACCGUCGGGGUAAUUUCAGUUGAAUAUCAUUGCUUCGAUUUAGUUACUAUGGUCGAUCACUUAUGGGACGUGCACUCAAGCGAUAUAUGCUUGAAAUUUUGCUCAUAAGGUAAAACAAGGCUUAGAAACACUUUAAAUUUCAGAUAAUACAAAUAUCUCAUGCAGUAAGAAAGCCAGGCGUUACGUUAAUAUGAG